AUGGCACCCCAGUUUCCUGAUUUUAGACGAGUUCGAAGGCGAAUACGCAGAACGUUGUGUUAUGGAUCGAAGCAACCGCAGAAUCUGAACUUACCGCUUUCAGAGCUAGUUGUGGACUACUUCAACAAACGAAGUCCUUUUGAUUACUUGAGUCCGGAAACGUCAGCAAGCAUCUCGGGUCGUGGGUAUGCCGAUCCCUGUACUCUCGUCGUUGCCAUGGUUUACCUCGAUCGACUUAGGGUUAACAAUAAGGUGUGGUUCGAAUCGUCUGACCCCACUGAUCUUUAUCUGCCCGCAUUGGUACUAGCAUCAAAGUUUCUCCAUGAUUCGGACACAUAUGAUAGAGCAUCAAAUGCUGAAUGGUCUGAAGCGGCUAACAUUUCGACACAACAUCUAAAUCAGUUGGAAUGGGAAUUCGUGCAGAAACUUAACUGGAAUGUGAUGGUGGAUCAGAACGAGUUCAAUCGUUGGUUGGAUUUCUUCGAAUAUUGGGUUGCAAAUGACUUCCUAACGAAGAAUGGUUUUUGUACCUACAAUGAAGUUGCUCAACUCAGCUCAACACUACCCCUUUUACCCAUGCUUCAGUCACUGAUUUCAUGUUUCAGUUUGAUAACUUUAGUGUACACUUUUUCUGUGGUGUCAUUGUUUGCUGUACCAUGUUCAUUGUCGCGUCUAGAUUUCGGUAUUAUCGAGAAUUCAACCAGAGAGGUCGCUUCUACUUCGUUGCUUCAUUCCUCCGAAAGGAGUGAAAUGUUUCUCAACUCUGGAGAUGUACAACGUGGAUAUCCAAGGGAAAAUGCCUUCGAGGCGGAAGGAGACAGUGCAGAGACGUCCACUUGUGAAUCCAACUCUAGUACAUCGGCGUGUGAAAUAACUUCCAAUCUACUCGUUCGUGGAAUCAUCGAAUUAGGCAUGCUCUCAGAAUUAGAUCACUGCAAAAGUAUAAGUCACUUUUUCUCUGAUUUGUCAUUAUACUCGAUUUUUGACAAGGUUUCUUGA